AAUAUUUCGAAUUUCGAUUACGAUUAGUUAGAAGAAAGAAAUAAUAUGAUUAAUUUGAACGCUUAGUUUUAUUGAUAAAAAUUACAAACAUUCGGCAUGAAACGGCAAAGGGUCAAGCAUGCAGAAGAUCGUGUUUACGUGGAUAGUCACUUUGAAACCAAUGAUGAUAUUCCAAUGUGUGAACCUAAGCUUGAAUCUUAUGGAAAUUGGAUAGAAGCACAGAUUUUACCGGGAGACACUCUGCAAGCUAUCGCAUUGCGAUUUAAUUGCACGAUCGCUGAGCUGAAAAAAAUAAACAAAAUAGAUAAAGAUAACGAGAUAUUCGCUCGAAGAAUAAUCAGAGUGCCAAUUACACCCCAUUCGUUAUUGUUAGAAACGAUACCUAAGGUUCACAGUAGUGGAAACAGUAGUCCGAAAAACGCAAUCAGUUUGGCACAGAGCUCUACUGCCAUACUUGAGAAUAAGGCUAAUUUUGACGAAAAACUAAUAGUAGCUGCCGUAAGUAGUGCUUCAUAUAAAAAUGAUGCGGUCAAUUUAGUUUCUAACCAAAAUUUGGAAGAAACGAAUGAGAUAUCAUCUAAACAACCCUUGCUAAGUGGAGAAUACGAUGAUAAUGUACCGCAACCUCGUUUGUUACGAUUACCAGCAAACGAUUUUUCUUGCAAUGGGUCAGACUGUGAUAUUUCAUGGAUUUGUUUGCUUGUAUGUAUUCUUGCGUUGUGUUUUGUAAUUCCUUUAAUUUAUGUGAUUUACGUUGCGGAGCAUAUCGAAAAGUAUCAUCACGAUAAUUUAAUCAAUGAAACGAGUCAUCACAAAACGUGAUUUAGGUUGCAUAUUGGUUUUUUAAAAACAAGCUAUUUCGACAACUUCAAUAAUUCCUAUUUCAAAACGCGGUAAUGGUUAAUAGAUAUUUUGUUAUGUUUGUAUAACAUAUUUUCAUGAUCGAUCUAGUUUUGCACUCAUAUAUGCAUAUUUCUAUUUGAAAAUUAAUCGCGUUAAGAACUUUUGUUGAGAGAACGAUACAAGGUAUAUUUGUUGAGAAUUUUUGUCAAAUUAUUGCGAAUUUCACCUACUUUUAACGUUUGUACUACGAAAGUCUUCAAAAUAAAUAAAAAAUAAUCUGAAACACUAAUUAUUUUAAGUGCCUUUAUAUUAUUAAAAAAUAUAUUAAAUAAAGUAGACAUUAUGAACUA